CAUUUUGAAACACGACAUCCAGUAGAUUUAUGUCCUAAUACCUAGGUUAAUGUGUAACUUUAGGGACAAGCCAUGAUUUCAGAGGUUUUUAAAAAUCUGAUAGCAAGACUCGGUGCCGUUCAUUUCAACUGGAGAUCAUUUCAGCAGCACAGACCAAGGCCCUACCUGAGAUUUUUGACAAACCAAAGGAAGAUGAAACUGCUUCUACUUAUCCACACCUGCUUUGCAAUGGGAAUGGCCAACCGUGUGUAUAUCCAUCCCUUUGAGCUCCUUAACGCUGGUGAUCUUGGUUGUGAGGCCACGGACAGUAAAGACAAGCAGCCUUUAGAUACUAUUCAUUCUGUGACUGCCAUUCAAGCCAGCACAGAGCCAGAUCCCCGGCCUGCGACCGAAGAACUAAAGAACCUCACCCGAUGGACUGCUGAGGUGGCUGAACUUCAGAACUCUGUGGGUUUGCGAAUGUAUGAUGCACUGAGCAGCAAGCAACGGGACGUUAACAUACUUUUGUCUCCUUACACUGCCUUUGGUACCCUAGUAUCUUUAUACCUUGGAACCUCCAAGAGUACUGCCAAUGACUAUGAGGAAUUCUUGGGACUCAUCUGGAAUACUGAGAAGUCUGUUUGUAAAAAAAUUAUCACUGGACACAAGGUACUACGCGCACUUAAAGCCAUUAGUUCAUUAAGCGACGGACCUCAAGAUGAGUUCAGAACCCUUGUUUGGACCUUUGUAAGCAGUGAUGCUGACUUGUCCAAAGACUUUGCACACGGCAUUCAAGAGUUUUCAGACACCUCUUUUAUUCGAGCUGUGAACUUUUCCCAGCCUAAAGAAGCCGAGACACAAGUUAACUUGUUUAUUCAGAAGACAUCACACAGCAAGGUUGAGAAUCUUUUUAAAGAUAUCACCCAAUCAACAAACCUGCUGUUUGCAAGCGCUGCACAUUUUAAAGGGAACUGGAGAACAGCUUUCCAGCCCGAAAAGACAACCGUGCAAGACUUCUGGAUUGACGAGAAGUCCACUGUGAAAGUACCUCUCAUGACACACACUAGUGACUACAUGCACCUCAGUGAUGAUAACAAGAAGUGCACUGUAGUCAAACUUGGCCUUAGCAAGCAGACCUACAUGCUGUUGGUGCUUCCCAACGAGGGAACCGGACUGCAAGACAUUGAAAAUAAGCUCAAAACAGACACCAUAUCUAAAUGGCAUAUACAUCUAAAGGAGAAAUACCUGGAAUUGUCCCUGCCUAAAUUCUCAAUGACAGCUGUGACUGACCUGAGAUCAUUGUUCUCCGAUAUGUCUGUUGAAAAGUUCCUGCUGGGUUCCAAUACCAACUUUCAGAGACUCAGCACCAAGGGCAAUUUCAUGGUCGAUAAGGUGAUCAACAAAGUGCUUUUCGAGAUGUCUGAGGAAGGAAUCGAUGUUCUGAACAAGUCUCAGGAUGAGAGAGUUCCUCUGAGAGUCACCAUGGACAGACCCUUCCUUUUUAUCAUUGUAGAGGGCAACACUAACGCUAUACUCAUGCUAGGAAGGAUACAGAACCCAACCCUAUAAAGCACAGUAUGAUCCUGACCGGCGUGCAAUAUUAUUGUCCUUCAUCUUCUUUCAAUUUAAUGUAGUUUAUUACAACAUACACACAGCAAAUGUUUUCUAGAUUAAUUAAAAAUGUGUGUGAUAUAUUAACAACUUACCUUCCAAUGACAUUACAUAUUUACACAGAAUUAUUUUUCAGAUAUUGGUUAGUUAGAGUUUUACUUAUCUAUCUUGAUAAAGUGCCAAUACUGUACAUUAACAUUCCUUUAACAGGCAUUAUUAUAUAUGUGACUUGCAUGAAUUUCAGCAUUAAUAAAGCACAUGUAACAUACGUAA